UAUAAACACACACUCUCUCGCAUCAUUCUCUGUCUCCCUCUCUCUCUUUAUGAGCUGAGUUAAAACCGUUCCCGUCUCUCUCUCCCUCUCUCUUCUAAAGUGUGUAAAGAAGCCAGAAAUCCAAACACAAACGAAACGCAUCGAAAAAGAUGUUGAUUUGAUUGUUAUAAUCCUCUCUCUCUCUUCCCUGAAUCUCUUCUCACUCUUCUCUCUCUCUCCCUGUGUCUCUGUUUCUCUGUUUUAGCUUCAUGUUCACAGACUUCAACCACAUUUCCUAUGUGGGAAUGACAUCGACAUCGAAUUCAAAUCCAGACACACUCAACCUCAAAAAUGAUCAAAAACAGACCGAAUCCAAAGUUUCAUCACCACCCACUUCAGAAUUCCCAGAUGGCUCUCAAUCUACAGACUCAAAUCUUGACAACCCAGAUCAUGAAAAUGGCAAAGAAGAAGAGAAAUCUGAGGUAACUGCUUCUUUUGAUCAGAAACUCAAAUCCGAGGCUGCUGUUGUUGAUGAUGGUGAUGAUGGGUUUAAGACUCCGACAUCGUCGGAUCAUAAAAUUCCUGUGAAUACUGAGUGCCCACCAGCUCCCAAGAGACGCAGACAAUCACAGUCAUCAGCACAGUCGAUGAAGAGAAAAGCAACCACAGCUGAACUUGAUCUGAGGGAGGAGAUUGAAUCGCUGCUGUUUGCUCCAACAAUUCGAGAUGAUUUGGACCGCAAGAUCAAGAUAGCUCGAAGAGACGACAGCACAGAAUAAAUCAAUAAAUAAAUUAUUAUUAUUUUUUGUUAUCGUGCAUAUGUGAGAAAAUUUAGUGGUUUUUUUUUUUUUUUUUUGGUUUUGGGGUGUGAAAAUCAAAGUGUUCUAGACUUGGUCAGGACUAUCAGAUGUAUAUAAAAUCAAAGUGUUCUAGGCUUAGAAUUAUGUUUUUAUUCUCAAUUUUCUUUUAUCUAUUUUUAUUUUUAUUUUUAUUUUAAAGGCUAAAUAGAUUGUUGGAAUGUAUUUUGUGUUA